AUAAGAGCUAAAAGUGAACGAUACUUUCAAUAGGAACGUCAAGCAAUCGAAUCGUGAAUCAUUUCAUCUACAUUCCGAGGAACGUUAAUGAAAUGGAAAAUGGAAACGAAGACGUCCAAUGGGAAUUUUUCGUGAUUGGUAAACGAGUUCCGUGGAACGAAGCGCAGUCAAUCUGUCCUAUUUACGGAGACCUAAAUCUUCUUCCGGCUUCUGAGGAGCAGGAAAUGGGAUAUGGAUUCUUGCCGGAUCUUUUAACGCACGGGACGGAAACAGAUAUCGGAAGCACAUUGGCGGUAUUCGAUGAGGACACAAAGGAUUGGCUCGCACGAAUGUUAUCCGAAUCAAAUUACCGAUACGACGGUCUCUGGAUAGGAGGUCAGAGGAAGGAUUUCAUCAACUGGACUUGGACUGAUACGAGGAAAAAAGGGGAUAUGUCGAUAUUGAACUCCUUGAUAAUUAAAGACUAUCCCGCUUGGCACAUCAUGGAUAAUCACAAGAAUGAUGAGAAGAACUGUCUCAUGUUCGAUAGAAUAAACCAUGAAACUCCCGUUCUCGUGCCGGAUAUUUGCCAAUACCGUAAGCCGUUCAUCUGCAUGAGAUCCGGUGAGAAGACAUUUAUCGAUUCGUCGCGUGAGGCAAAGGAAACACGAUUCGUUUCGUCCGGACUUACCAAUGAAGCGGCCACCGUCAUAGCGAAUGCCAUGUUGCGAAGCAGACCAUCUAUAGAAAGCGUAUGGUUGGAUGGUCGUUGCAUCGAUGGUAUCGAUAUGGGUUUCACGGGAUUUAUGCUACUGUCAAAAAAGUCAAACUUCAUAUCCACCUUGAGUCACCCCAUAUUAUCAUCAUUGAAAAAUUAUGAUUUCUAUCAAGAGGAAAGGUGUCUGAUUCUUGAUAGACAUCUCUGCGCGAAGCAUACAACCCCGGUUUUUAUCGAUCUGAAUUGUCGGAAGAAGAGGCCUUUCGUUUGUCAAAAUGCGAGUCCAAAAAUAAUAAAAGACGAUGAGAGAGACAUAUUCAUUGAUAAUAGAAGAUUAAUAUUUUCUUCCGAUAAAAUGACAUGGAACGAAGGCGAAGUUUACUGUCAAAGAAAGUCUGGACGUAUAGCAAAUAUAUUAGACGCAAAGACUUUAUUCAUCGUAUUGAAGAAAAUGAUAGAAUUAGGUAAAAUAAGUAAU